AUGGCCGCCGUAGGAGCGAACGGAGGCAGUACCGGACUUAUUGCCACCUUCGAUGACCUCAGAAGUCAUAAAGCGAGCAAUGGCGCCGCAGUAGGCACCAACGGUGGAACACAGGGGGGAGAGGGAGCAGCAGCGCCGGCGGCAGCAGCAGCAGAGGAUUCGGGAGCAGUUGGAAAUGGAUUGGUGACGGCGAUUUUGGCGGGAAAUGGAGCGACACGUGAAGCAGGGGCAAGAAAUGGAGGACACGCAGAGUGUGGGGGAGCAGAAGCAAUUGGAGGACCGAAUGGAGCAGCAGCGACAGGUGGCGCACCACGAUUGGCUCUCUCGGCUCGAGACUUCACAUACGGGCGACUCCUGGGUCUUGGUUCCUACUCCAAGGUUGUCCUGGCCCGCCGCAAGUCAAGCAAAGCUGCUUAUAACGAGGACGAGGGGUGUCCACCUGGGUGCGAGUGUGCGUUGAAGAUAAUGGACAAGCGGCACAUAGUGAAGGAGAAGAAGGUGGCAUAUAUAAAGAUGGAGCGUUUGAUUCUCGACCGGCUGAGGCAUCCUGGAAUUGUCCGACUGCUCUUCACCUUUCAAGACGAACAUUCCCUCUACAUGGGACUGGAGUGCUGUCACGGGGGAGAGCUCUUUGACCAAAUCAGACUGAAAGGAAAGCUGCCGGAGGACGAGGCUCGGUUCUAUGCAGCAGAGGUGGUGUGUGCGCUGGAGUACAUGCACUCGCAAGGCGUGGUGCACAGAGACCUUAAGCCAGAGAACAUUCUCCUCACAGCAUCAGGCCACGUGCGCAUCUCCGACUUUGGCUGUGCCAAGCUGCUCAGCAACGGCCAAUCAGCUGGCGCCACGUCAGCAGUAGAUGUCACUGCUGCUGCUAUCAACAACGAUGAGCGAAGCGGGUCGUUUGUGGGCACAGCAGAGUACGUCCCUCCAGAGCUGCUGGACGAUGGCCCUGUGUCUUUUGAGGCCGACCUCUGGGCGCUAGGCUGCAUCAUCUAUCAGAUGCUGGCGGGUGCGCCGCCCUUCAAAGGGGCCAGCGAGUACCUGUGCUUCCAGAAGAUCCUCUCUCGGGAUCUAACUGUUCCCAACUUCUUCAGCAACGAAGCUCGCAGCCUCGUCAACUGCUUACUGGAGAUGGAGCCAAAGAAGCGACUGGGUUCAAGGCACAUGGGGGGUUACCCUCGGUUGAAAGCCCACCCGUUCUUCCGAGGAAUCCCCUGGGGGGAACCACAUCUGGGGCACCUCAGUCAACCAGGAGCAGGUAACCAGGAACACUCACUCUCCUCUGCCACCAAUGGGGCAGCCCAACACAAUGGAGAAGGCAUAGGAGAGGCGAGUUCAAGGGCUCUUUUCUCAUCCUCGGCGCCGGUGCUGGCUGUGCCGGUUAGGCUGGCAGGGAAUGACGGCUUGAGGGGUCAUGGGUUGAGUGACGGUGAUGGGUUUGGGAGUGGGGUGAAGGAUGAGGGAGAGGGGGAUGAGGAGGAUGAGGAGGGGGAGGAGGAGGAUGAGUGGGCUGUGUUGCAUCUUGGGGGAUCGUUUGCUGGAAUGAAGGUGAAAUCAGGUGCACGGGUUGCGUAA